ACCAAUUCUUACUUGGCCACAACGUUUCGCUAAUUCCUAAUUUCUCUCUCAAUUAAUAAAAGUUAUUUUUGGGUUUUAAAGAAUCCACUAAAACCCUUCUUCACCAAACACAUAUCCAAACUGGGGAUCAAGAUUCUCACUUUGACUCAUCAAUGGCGGACGUCGACAUUGAAGAACCUGCCGCUCCGAUUUCUUCAAACCGAUCAAAGAAAAGAAAGAGGCUCACACCGAUGCUUCUAACAGGCCAAAAAGUUGAAGUGAGGAGUAUUGAAGAGGGGUUUGAAGGCUCAUGGCAUUCAGCAACGGUGAUAGAUAGUAAGAACCAAAUUCGGGUGGUCAAAUACGACCACAUUUUCGGUGAUGAUGGGUCGGAUAACCUUGUUGACUCUUUGCUACUUUCAUCUCGUGGUCUUCGUGGUAGGAUAAGGCUGGUGCCCCCUCGGUUUGACCAUAAUUUGAAUUGUCUUCAUUAUGGUCAAUGUGUGGAUGUGUUUCACGAGGAUGCGUGGUGGGAAGGUGUUGUUUUUGACCAUGAUGAUAUCUCUGAUGAAAGAUCGGUUUUUUUUCCUGAUAUUGGGGACGAACUUAGGGCCCGAGUUGAGAACAUACGGCUUACUUACGACUGGAACGCGGAUACGGAUGUUUGGAAGUUUCGCGGAGACUGGGUUUUUCUUGAAGUUCUCGAGGAGUUAGAGGUCGAAUGGCCGAUUCCUGUAUCGGUUAAGCAAAUUUGGUAUGAGUUGCGGAUGAAGAAACAUUUCUGGAAAGAAAUUAAGGAGUGGACAUGUGAGAUUAAGGAGGCAUGGAAAGAAUCUGUUAAGGAAGUCGUUUUCGAUAAUUUGAAGUUGAUGAUGGUUGAGUUUUUUGCUAGAUUGCAACACGAAGGCCAUCAAAUAUUCGAUAUUAACAAAAAGUUUGUCGAUUCAGUUCUAAAAAUCAAACCGUCUUUCUUUACCUCUAUUGGGGAGCUACCCCUUGAUUCAAAUCAUUCGCCCAUUAAAGGUAAGCUUGAUGACGCCGACAACGAUAAUGAAAACGACGACGAUGAUGACAUGGGUCCUCCUGGAUUUGAAAAAAAUGAAGUAGUUGUUGUUAGCGACCGCUUUGCGAAAGGAGGUUAUGAAUGGACUCAGUUACGUCACUGGUUUGAACCGGAUUUAGUGGUUGAGGCUGAGUGUUGUCCCGAAUCAGUCUUACAGUUCUACCAACUAAGUAGUGAUAAUAUGAAGCCGCCACAUCAGCUGAUGUUGAAGGUUCGACAACAUUUAUUGUAUCUUGGUUGGCAAGUCGAGCUCAAACGAGAUAGUUUUGGUAAAAAGAAGAAGGUAAGUAUUAGAUACCGUUACACCGACCCCACCGGAAAACAAUACUAUUCACUUAGAGUCGUCUGUUCUGAUUUAUGUAACCGUUCAUCCGAAUAUACCGCUUUGGAGCCGUACAAACCUCAAUCUCCACCACGACCACCACGAAAACGAGAAAAAAUGGAUGGUGACCCGGAUUACUGUCCACAAGCUGUGGUUGACUAUUAUUCUAUGACGUCAGAAGAAGACGGUGAUUGGACAAAAAAAGACGUUGAUCUUCGGGAGCUUCAGAGACGGGCAAAGAAACAUCUUUUCGCUGCAGGAUGGUCGAUGUUUCACGUUGAUGGAAAACGUAAACGCCCUGUGUACCAGUCACCAAAUGGGAAAAGGUUUAAUUCUAUUCGGACCGCGUGCAACUUUUAUAUAUUGGAAAAUUGUUCUCAGGGGUCCGGACCAUCCGGUACUUGUUCUGAGGUAAAUAUCGAGACGAGUGAAGUAGGAGACGGUGAAAAAAAGAGUAAAGAGAAAGGUGUCGGGAGACUCGUAAUCAAGAAAAAAGACGGUGUUUUGAGCAUUGAAGUAGUGGCGAAGAGAAAAGAAGCUUUCUUGAACUCCAUAUACAACGAAACCGAAACCGAAACCGAAAAUUCUUCUAGAAAACCACGUGUUUUACGGUCAAGCAAACGGGCCCGUGAAGAUAUAUCUCCAAUGCACCAAACCCCACGAACCGUUUUAUCUUGGCUGAUAGAUAACUCCGUUAUUAUACCAAGAUCGAAAGUGCAAUACCGUUGUCGGAAAACUGGUGAUGCAAUGAAGGAAGGUCGUGUAACUCGUGAUGGGAUAAAAUGUAGUUGUUGUCAAACGGUUUUUAGCGUCUCAAAGUUCGAAUCUCACGCUGGAAGCACUUACAAACGACCUUCGGCUAACAUAUUUCUCGAAGACGGUAGGUCUUUACUCGACUGUCAGUUGCAGCUUAAAAGCGAUCGAAAUGCAAAAUUACGCAAAGCUGAAUCUCACAGAUUGAAGGGUAAUCGACAUAAGUUAAUAAAGGACAACGAUUAUAUAUGUUCUGUUUGUCAUUACGGCGGUGAACUAGUUUUAUGCGACCAAUGUCCGUCUUCGUUUCACACACGUUGCUUGGGAUUAACGGAGGUCCCGGAUGGUGAUUGGUUCUGCCCAUCGUGUUGUUGUCGGAUUUGUAACCAAAACAAGUUCAGCGAUUGUGAGCAAGAUACGGAUAGUAACAUUCUAAAUUGUGAACAGUGUGAAAGAAAAUAUCAUGUCGGUUGUUUAAAACAAAAAGAAGGGUUUUCGAAGCUGGAGAGUUAUCCCCAAGUUAACUGGUUCUGUAGUCUGAGAUGUGAAGAGAUAUAUUUGGGCAUUAACAAGCUUUUGGGAAAGCCAAUUCCGGUGGGUGUGGAUGAUUUGACAUGGACAAUAUUGAAACACAAAAGACCCGAUGGCUCGAACAACGACACCGCACAUAUGGAUGAAAUAACCGAAAGUUAUAGCAAGCUGAAUAUUGCUAUUAGUGUGAUGCAUGAGUGUUUUGAACCCGUUAAGGAGCCUCGGACCCAAAGAGAUAUAGUCGAAGAUGUUAUUUUCUGUAGAUGGUCGGAGCUGAACCGUUUGAACUUUAAGGGAUUCUACACAGUUCUUCUUGAGAAAGAUGAUGAACUAGUUUCUGCAGCUACAAUAAGGAUAUAUGGAGAAAAAGUAGCGGAACUCCCGCUCGUCGGUACAAGAUUUCGAUACCGUAGACGUGGCAUGUGUCACGCUCUUAUGAAUGUGCUUGAAAAGAAACUUGUGGAAUUAGGAGUGGAGAGACUAGUUCUGCCAGCUGUCCCGAGUGUGCUACAGACAUGGACUUCAUCGUUCGGUUUCUCUGUGAUGACCGAAGCACAAAAACUGGACUUUCUUGGCUACACGUUUCUUGACUUCCAAGGCACACACAUGUGUCAAAAACUCUUGGUUAACGCUCAAUCGUCUGCGGAAUCAAGUAUAUCGAGAGGGAAUGUUUAUGAGACUGUUAAUGGAAGCAAUGCUAUGGAUUUAGAUGGUGUUAGUGCCGUUUCUGAAGUGUCUCAAGCGGAAAGAGUAGAGGAGAGCAUGAUGGUUGAUCAACAUUCGUUAAACAUCGAUCAAGGUAACCAGACCAACAAUGACAGCAGCUCAUCGCCUCUAGAAGUUUUGGUGAACCAACAAUCGCAAGUUGAAUAUCAAAGUGAAAUAAGCGUGGAGUGUACUAUGGAAGCAUCAAAACCGAAGGAAGAUGAAAACGGCCAUCUGAAAUGCUACCACCGGAGGAAAAUUGUUUCUUGCGAGAGUUGAUGAGUCCGGAAAAAAAAAGAGAGUAAAUAUAAGCAGAUGUCGCGCCUGCCUUUUGAAAAACGAGAUUAAGUUAAGUUGGUAAGGUGUUUAUUAGAUGUAAAGUAAGCAGUGAAAUGUGUAGAGUCGGUUUUCGUAUCUAUGUACAGCUUGUUUCUGGAUGUGAUCAUGCCCGUCGAGCUCCGAAUUUUGGGUUUUUUUUUCUUUGGAUAUGUUGGUGCUUACGGUUUUAGCAUGGCGAGUUAUGCAUUGUGUUUAAAGUUGGUGUCCUUGUGUCGGGAUUUCAGGUGUUAACUUAUGUUUGGAUCAUGCUACUGAAAAUUCUGUUUCCCCUUUUUACUGAUCUGAAAGUCAGUUUGA